CGUACAGCGUCUCUGCGUUCCUUCCGGUCUCGAAAAGAGAAAAGAGGUGCGUACGCGCGCGUGCGCGCAGGGAGGCACCAGGAUGUUUUACCAUAUCUCAUUGGAACACGAAAUCCUGUUGCACCCUCGUUACUUUGGGCCCAACCUCCUCAACACUGUUAAGCAGAAGCUCUUUACCGAGGUGGAGGGGACUUGCACGGGCAAAUAUGGCUUUGUAAUCGCUGUCACUACCAUUGACAACAUUGGUGCGGGUGUGAUCCAGCCUGGGCGCGGCUUUGUCCUUUACCCGGUCAAAUACAAGGCCAUCGUCUUCCGGCCUUUCAAGGGUGAAGUGGUGGAUGCUGUUGUGACUCAGGUGAACAAGGUCGGACUCUUCACUGAAAUUGGGCCCAUGUCUUGCUUCAUUUCGCGACAUUCCAUUCCCUCUGAAAUGGAAUUUGACCCCAACUCCAAUCCUCCAUGCUACAAAACUGUAGAUGAGGAUAUUGUCAUCCAGCAAGACGAUGAGAUCAGGCUGAAGAUUGUGGGCACCCGCGUGGACAAGAACGAUAUUUUUGCUAUUGGGUCCCUCAUGGAUGAUUACCUUGGCCUUGUCAGCUGAAGUAACCAGUCCCUUGGCUGUGUGCGGAAGAUCCUGGCCUGUGGCUUCUAGAGUUGUAUUUAUAUAACCCACGAACCCCUUUUAUCCUGGACUGUUGGCAGCUGAGUGACGGAAGGCUGGACGGAUAUGACCCCCUCCCUUCAUUAAAGGGUUUUUUGUUCUGUGUUCAA